AAGCGCGCGCCGCCGGCCGCCAUGACGGACCAGCUCAACGACGCGGCGCGGCCGCUCAUCGACCUCAUCGACACGCUGCGGGCCCACGGCGUGCAGCGCGACCUGCCGCUGCCGCAGAUCGCCGUCAUGGGCGACCAGAGCGCGGGCAAGAGCUCGGUGCUCGAGAUGAUCAGCGGCGUGCCUUUCCCGCGGGGCAGCGGGCUCGUGACGCGGUGCGCGACGCAGCUCAUCAUGAAGCGGACCGCGCCCGGGAGCGCCUGGGCGGCGACGGCGUCCGUGUCGUGGUCGCGGCCGCAGCCCGCGGAGUCGGGCCCCGUCGCGGACCCGGCGGCGCUGAGCGUCGCGAUCGAGCGGCUCACGGAGGCGCUCUGCGCGGUGACGACCAACGGCUUCUCGACGGAGACCAUCGUCAUCAACCUGUCGGCGCCGGACGUGCCCGACCUCACGCUGCUGGACCUGCCGGGCAUCGUCCGCACGGCCGUCGCCGGGCAGAACGCGGACGUCGUCGGCGACGUCAACGGCCUCAUCACGUCCUACCUCGAGCAGGAGCGGACCAUCGUGCUCGCCGUCAUGCCCGCGAACCAGGACAUCGCGACCAUCGACAUCCUGGAGCGCGCCGCGGUCGCGGACCCCGGCGGCAUGCGGACGCUCGCGGUCCUCACGAAGCCCGAUUUGGUCGACGACGGCGCGGAGGACGAGGUCAAGGAGUGCCUCAUGAACCGGCGCAAGCCUUUACGGUUGGGCUUCGCCAUGGUCAAGUGCCGCACGCAGCGCGAGCUCGACGGGCGCAUCUCGCUGUCUAAGGCGCUCGUCGUCGAGCGCGAGUUCUUCGAGGCGCACCCCUACUGGUCCGCGGCCGUCCACGCCGACGAGCGCAAGAAGCUCAUGGGCGUCCAGGCGCUCACGGGCCGCCUGUCGUCGCUGCUCGUGGAGCGCAUCAAGGUCGCGCUGCCGGAGAUCAAGUACGAGCUCCAGCAGCAGAGGCUCGUCGCCGUCGCCGAGUUCGAGCGCCUCGGCGGCGACAGCGCUUUGGACGGGCGCAACGCCAUGCGCGCGGAGCUCGUCAAGGUCGUCGCGGAGUACGCGACGCUCCUGCGCCAGUCCGCGCGCGGCAACUACGGCAACCUGACGCUCGCGCGGCAGCCGGAGCUCCGGCUCUUCGGCGAGGGCCAGGAGAUCUUCAAGUCCCUCAAGCUCGCCGUCCAGGGCACGCAGCCCCAGUUCGACAACCGGGCCUUCACGGAGCGCCUCGCGGCGGAGAUGCACGCGUUCCGCGGCCGCGAGCUGCCCGGCUUCACGAACAGCCAGGUCUUC